AUUUUAGUUGUAACUUUGAUGUGGUUGCGGGAGGCGGCGAGUGCAACUGUUACCUACACCGCCAUCUUGCUUCUCCGAUAAAAUCCAUCUCCUGAUUAGAUUUCUGCUGCCUCUCUUGCUUGUCCCUCUACACGGAGCAAACAGAGUGAUGCUUUAAGGGCUACAUUAGAUCAUGUCAGAACUCUGCUCCAAACCCUCCAACAGCUUUCCAUCCCGCUUAUAUCAAAUCCAGAGUCCUCGCAUGGCCUGCAGGACCCCUCAUGAUAUAACCACCAUCUGUGUCCUUCGUCUGCUGCCACAGUCCCCCACGCAUAGUUUGUCAGUGACUUCACCCUUUUUUGGGAACACAAGAGCUUUUCCUGCUUCCUGGCUUUUAUAUGUGAUAUGCCUGUUUGGUCCUUCUGCCUGGAAAGCUCUUCCCCCAGAUCUUCACAUAGCUAGCUCCUUCUCACCAUCAAGCCUUCUGUUAUAUUCAGUUCAUUUUCUUGAGAGCAAAGCAGUACUGGUAGAAUUUGCUUAGUUGUUUUUGUACCCCCAGGUCUGUUGUGUUUAUCAUUAUGUACCUGUCACAUAGUAGGUGUUUAAUAAGCAUUUACUGAAUGAGUGAAGUGAUUCAGUUAUUCAUUACUUCCAGAGACUGUCCUCUUCACAAAGGGGGUGGAAGUAAGAUUCUCUCUCUGUUCUUCAGGUACAUUACCUGUGCUGAAUACACUCACUUCUAUGGUGGCAAGAAACCAGACAUCCCACAAUCAAAUUUUCGUCGUUUACCUUUUGACCACUGCAGCCUCUCUCUGCAGCCCUUCAACUAUCCAGUCUGCACCCCUGAAGGUGUCGUCUUUGAUUUGCUGAACAUUCUUCCUUGGCUUAAGAAGUAUGGGACCAACCCCAGCAAUGGCGAGAAACUGGAUGGGCGGUCCCUGAUCAAGUUGAACUUUGCAAAGAACAGCGAAGAGAAGUACCACUGCCCAGUGCUGUACACCGUGUUCACCAACAACACCCACAUCGUAGCCAUCAGGACCACUGGCAACGUCUAUGCCUAUGAGGCAGUGGAGCAGCUAAAUAUCAAGGCCAAGAACUUCCGAGACCUGCUGACUGAUGAGCCCUUCUCCCGGCAGGACAUCAUCACCCUUCAGGACCCUACUAAUUUGGACAAAUUCAACGUCUCCAACUUCUUUCAUGUUAAGAAUAACAUGAAAAUAACAGACCCAGAUGAAGAAAAGGCCAAACAGGACCCGUCUUAUUAUUUGAAAAAUACUAACGCUGAGACCCGAGAGACACUGCAGGAGCUCUACAAGGAAUUCAAAGGGGAUGAGGUCCUGGCAGCCACCAUGAAGGCCCCCGAGAAGAAGGUGGACAAGCUGAAUGCUGCCCACUAUUCCACUGGGAAGGUCAGCGCCUCCUUCACCUCCACCGCCAUGGUUCCGGAGACCGUACAUGAAGCAGCUGCCAUUGACGAGGACGUGCUGCGCUACCAGUUUGUGAAGAAAAAGGGCUACGUGCGGCUGCACACUAGCCGGGGCGACCUCAACCUGGAGCUGCACUGCGACAUGACACCAAAAACCUGUGAGAACUUCAUCAAGCUCUGCAAGAAGCAGUAUUAUGAUGGCACCAUCUUCCACAGAUCCAUCAGGAACUUUGUGAUCCAGGGGGGUGACCCCACUGGUACAGGCACAGGUGGCGAGUCGUACUGGGGAAAACCCUUCAAAGAUGAGUUUCGGCCCAACCUCUCGCACACGGGCCGGGGCAUCCUCAGCAUGGCCAACUCGGGGCCCAACACCAACAAGUCUCAGUUCUUUAUCACCUUCCGCUCCUGCGCUUACCUCGACAAGAAGCACACCAUCUUCGGGCGGGUUGUUGGGGGCUUUGACACACUAACAGCCAUGGAGAAUGUGGAGAGUGACCCCAAAACUGACCGCCCUAAGGAGGAGAUUCGCAUUGAAUCCACCACGGUGUUUGUGGACCCCUACGAGGAGGCUGAUGUCCAGAUUGCCGAGGAGCGGAAAAAGACACAGCUGGAGGAGGCAGCCCCAGAGAACACAGUGAAGAAAAGCCAGCCCAAGCCAGGGAGCCAGGGCCCCCCCACGUACCGCCAGGGGGUGGGCAAGUACAUCAACCCAGCAGCCACGAAACGUGUAGCAGAUGAGGAACCAUCAACCAGUGCAGCUGUCUCUGUGGCCAAGAAAAAGCCCAGCGGAGGUUUCAGGGACUUCAGCUCAUGGUAGUAGCAGCAGGCCUGCUGCUCUGGACCCAGGCUGUGCCAGCCCGGCUUCCAUUCUCCUGACCUGACUCUGCUACCUCAGCUUUCCUGAAGUGCCUCUGGAGAAACCUGGGGACAGCUGCCUCCUCCAGGACCUCAGCCUCCUCUAGCUCUGGGCUCUGCAAGGGUCACUGUUCCCUCACACCCUUUCUCAGUGCUUAUGGUCCUCAGGUCGGCACAGGCUUCCCCCCUUCUCGUUAAUGCUGAAAUUCUAACCCAGUUCCAUCCUUGGUUUUUGUUCUUUGCCCCCUCACCCAAAACCUCAAUUCUGACAGUCUCGACAACUCUUACUUCCAAAAUGUACCCUGGCAAUUCUUUCCCAGCUCUGACGCUGACCACCAGGCCCCACCCCGUUCUCUCUCACCUGCCUGGCUCUGGCCCUCUUGCGCAUCCGCUCGCUGGCCUGUUAUCUCGCUUCAGGCCAGACACUGCUGCCUAUACCCUGUCCCUCUGCAGUGUGACUGUCUAGCCCCUCCGUGCCUUUAGUCAGUGGUCCCUCACUUUUUCACAACCCCUUUACGCCACCCUCCAAGCUACAGACGUCUGAGAACUCACCUGUGUUUGCACCAGCACUGUCUCCGAGAACCUGGUUGACACGGGAGGAGAGGGCAGGCAGGGUGGGGGUGAAGACCCCGGGGGUGGGGUGGGUACAGCACACCAAGAACCCUGGGCUCCUGAGGCGUGGAGGCCUAGCCCUUCAGCAGUUCAGAAGGAGGAGGUGAGUGUGGCUUAGCCACAGCCCGGAAACUGCAGGGUUAGGCUUUUCUCAGGCCACACUUGCAGACCCCAAACAGGUGGUGAGCCUGGUGGCCAGCGCCCAGGGGCUACUUCUGCAUAUGACAGCGCAGGACCAGAACUGCCUACGGAAAGAAGACCCCUGUGUUCCUGGUGGGAGCUGCACGGCACCAGGGCCUUGUCCCUCAGCAUCAGAGGAGAGCACCUGAGCACAAGUGCUACUGAAAAGGAGACACUGGACAUGGAAGCUUUAUUUUUAAACCUCAGAGGACCAAGGGCUGGACACAGGGAGGCCGAGGGAGGCUUGUGCGCUCAAGCUUGGCGGUCCUGCUCCGAGGGGUGAACCCUUGGGCCAGCCCGGGCUGUGGCCCAUGGACCCGCCCCACAUGGGAGGACAAGCAAGGGUUUACAUUUUUGUAGGUGGUUUUGGAGCUUAAAUUGUACUUUUCCAGAAAUUAAAAGCACUUGGAUUUUUUAAGUACCUGGUAAAGUCAUCAGGUAAAUUAAAGGACUUCCGAAAAAU